AUUCUUCUGACACUGUUAGCGGUGGCCGCCCUCGCGGAAGCUACCUUCGAUAUAAAAUCGUUGCUGGGGGGACUGCACCACAAAAAGCCGGAAGCAAUCCAUGUCACGCUCCAUAAGGCUCUACCACCACCUCCUCCACCACCGCCACCACCAGUCCAUCAUGUAGCCUCGUACUACCGGCACCCAGUCGCACCACCACCACCGCCUCCAGCACCCGUUCACUUGGUUCCUCACUACAGUCAACCUGCCCCACCUCCACCACCACCACCACCUGCAGCACCUCAGCAAAUUGUACGAGUGAUUCAACCGAUCGUUUACUACAGACAACCCGCCGCACCAGCACCGGCUCCAGUACCGAUCGCUGCUCCAGCACCAAUUCCGGAUUCCUACUAUCGUAAGCCGGUUGCACCAGUUGCACCGGUUGCACCGAUUGCACCCGUAGUUGUUGAAGCACCCGAGUUCACCAUUGAACCCUCGAAAUCGUUUGACUUCUCAUACGCCGACGCUGGUGCAUCAGCGAUCGCUAACGCUGGCGCCGUUGUCCAGGCUCCGAAAGUGGAAACCGGAAGCAGUGCAUUCGCAAGCGCCAGCGCUAGUUUCAGUGCCAGCUCUUCUGCAAGCGCUAGUUCAUCCUUCGAAACCUACAAAUCUGAGGGACACUACUACGCCCUGCCCGAGGAAAAGAUCACCCUCGAUCAACCCGUGGCUCCGGUUCAGUUCGAUAAUCGCGUAAAUGUGGUUCCGGAAGCACCGACCAUCACCAGCUUCCUAGCUGCCAGCAAAGAUGAUGCCUCGGCUGUUGCCGUGAGCAACGCUGUUGCCGAAGUAGCGCAGGAAGAGGUUCCCGUGGAAAUUCGGGUGGACAAUCCCGUCGAAGAGAUCCCCGCUAUUGCCGAUGCACCGAUAAUCGUUGAGGAAAUUGUUACAGAAGCACCCACAACCACGACAACGACGACCACAACCGAAGCACCCACAACAACCACCACGACCACAACGACUACAACUCCUCGUCCAGCUCCACCACCAGCUCCGCAAAUCUUCCUCGACGAGGCGCAGAUCACCCAGGAGAUCCUGAAGCAAGCUCUACCCACCGUCAUUAGCCAGGUAUCACCGCACAUCAUCCAGCAGGCCAUCCCGUUGGUCGUCGAUCGUGCCCUACCUCAGGUUGUGUACCAGGUUAACCCUACCGUGGCCAGUCAACAAAACGCCCAACCCGUCCAGAUCGUUACCCCACUGAACGUCAACGCCCAGCGUCAAGACGAAAAGGUACAGGUCAUGUACGCGACCUCACUCGCCCAGCAAAAUCAGUUCAUCAACAACCAACAGUACCAACAGGAACAGGAAAACCAGGUCAUCUCGGUAGGCAACCGAGGUAGUGCCGGCGCCCAACAGGCUGCUCCAGCAGGUCCGGCUUUUGUCAUCGAGCAGGGUCUCGAGGCCGGCGGAGACGUUCAAACCGAACUUCGCGAUAGCACUGGAGUCCAACAGCAGAUCAUCAGCAACUUCAAACAGGAGAACCUUCAGCAGCAACAGCUUUUCGGAGGGUUCGGUAGCUUCCAGGGUGGAGCCGGUGCUCAGGCAACUGCCCAAUCCCAGACCGGUGGUUUCGGAAACUUCCAGGGUGCAGGUGCCCAGGCCAACGCUCAAGCCGGAGCUCAGCAGUUUGGUUCAUUCGGAAACUUCGCGGGAGCGCAGGCUUCAACCCAGUUUGGAGGUUUUGACAAUUUCCAGAACGACCUCGGCCAAGGACAAGGACAGGGUGGCAACUUCCAGCAGUUUGGUAUCGUGCAGCCUCGUAGUGGACAGCUGAACUGA